GCUCACCUUUACACAAGCAGGGUACCACCUCCACUGCCAGCACCGAGAAGUCGGGUUCAAAGGUUGCCGAGGUGGGCGAUGAUUUCCUGGGAGACUUUGUGGUGGGCGAACGUGUCUGGGUAAAUGGAGUGAAGCCAGGUGUGAUCCAGUAUCUUGGAGAGACGCAAUUUGCUCCAGGCCAGUGGGCAGGGGUCGUUCUGGAUGACCCGGUGGGUAAGAAUGACGGCUCCGUCGGUGGAGUACGUUACUUUGAAUGCCAGCCGCUCCAGGGGAUUUUUACACGGCCGUCCAAGCUGACACGGCAGCCAGUGGCCGAGGGCUCGGGGAGCGACGCCCCCUCUGUGGACUCCCUGACAGCUCAGAACUUGUCCCUGCACUCGGGGACGCCCCCGCCACCGCUCUCCACUCGCGUCAUCCCCCUGCGGGAGAACGUCCUGAACAGCGCCAUGAAGACUGGCAACGAGUCUGGAUCUAACCUCUCGGACAGUGGGUCUGUGAAAAAAGGGGAGAAGGACUUACGGCUUGGAGAUCGCGUGCUGGUUGGUGGGACAAAGACAGGAGUUGUGCGCUACGUGGGGGAGACUGAUUUUGCCAAAGGAGAGUGGUGUGGUGUGGAGCUGGAUGAACCUCUGGGGAAGAACGACGGAGCGGUUGCUGGUACAAGGUAUUUUCAGUGCCCUCCCAAGUUUGGUCUCUUUGCUCCCAUCCACAAGGUGAUCCGGAUUGGGUUCCCAUCAACCAGCCCCGCCAAGGCAAAGAAGAGCAAACGAAUGGCCAUGGGAGUGUCUGCCUUAACCCACAGCCCCAGCAGCUCCUCCAUCAGCUCUGUCAGCUCAGUGGCAUCAUCUGUAGGGGGCAGGCCCAGCCGUAGUGGGCUGCUGACAGAGACCUCUUCUCGGUAUGCCCGAAAAAUCUCUGGCACCACAGCUCUUCAGGAGGCACUGAAGGAGAAGCAGCAGCACAUAGAACAGCUGCUGGCAGAGCGUGACCUGGAACGGGCUGAAGUUGCCAAAGCCACCAGCCACAUCUGUGAGGUGGAGAAAGAGAUUGCCAUCAUGAAGGCCCAACAUGAGCAGUAUGUCACAGAGGCAGAAGGAAACCUCCAGCGAGCACGAGCGCUGGUGGAUGGGAUGCAGAAGGAGAAGAUUGAGCUGUUGAACCAGUUGGAAGAGGAGAAGAGGAAAGUGGAGGACUUGCAGUUCCGUGUGGAGGAAGAAUCCAUCACAAAGGGGGAUCUGGAG